UUAAAGAUUUCACCCUUUUACCUUCCUUGGGAAGGAAACACAAAAAAAGAAAGAAAAAAGAAAAAGAAAAAGAAAAAACAGAGGAGCUACGCCAUUUCUCGUUGCUCGCCGGAAAACGUCGCCAGCCACCGGCCAUCGCAGGUUUCUCUCUCAUCUUCCCAUUCUCCGUGCUGAAAACCUAACCGAGACGUGUGGUUUCGAACUACACUCUAAAACUUCAGAAUUUGGAAGGUUAUGGCAACUAAAAGAAGUUCUUGCAAAAGAGCCCUUGUCGAAUUUCUCGAUGGAAACGAUGAAGACGCUGAUAAAGUUUACAGGUUCCAAAUUUUGCUCCCAAAUGGCGCGAAUACGCGCUUGACAUUGCACGAUCCCGGAGAGGAGAUGUUCAUCCAUGAAUUUGUUCAUGCUAUUCGAGUUGAGGUCGAGAAAAUCGAGAAAUCUUCGCAGGGUUCGAGGAGAAAGAUAAUGUGGAAUAAUGAUAUUUAUUUGGAGGAUAUGCAUGAGUCUAAGAUGAAGAAGAAGAUUUGCUUCAGUAGCUUUAAGCCUAAUAAAUGUCAUAUCCUAAAGCUUCAUGAUGGUGGAGGACCUUCUGUUGGAACUUAUAAUAAUAUGUGGGAUUUGACACCGGAUACUGAUCUUCUUCAAGAGCUUCCGGCAGAGUAUACUUUUGAAACUGCACUAGCUGACUUGAUUGAUAAUUCCUUGCAAGCAGUGUGGUCAAAUUCUCCGGGAGAACGAAGGCUUGUCAGUGUGACGCUUGAGGAACGGAAGGUUGUUAUCUUCGAUAGUGGCCCUGGAAUGGAUGGCAGUGAUGAGAAUUCUAUAACAAAAUGGGGAAAGAUGGGCUCAUCGAAUCAUAGGUCCUCAAGGAAAAUUGCAAUUGGUGGGAAAGCCCCAUAUCUAACUCCUUUCUUUGGCAUGUUUGGUUAUGGAGGACCAAUUGCUUCAAUGCACCUAGGAAGGCAUGCGAUAGUGUCUUCUAAAACUAAAGAGUCGAAGAAAGUAUAUACUCUUCAUCUUUCAAGGGAGGCACUCAUGAAAAGAUCAGCUGAUAAGUGCAUUUGGAGGGCUGAUGGAGGAAUAAGAGAUCCUUUAGAUGAAGAAAUCCAAUUAUCGCCUCAUGGAAGCUUUACAAAGGUGGAGAUUCAUAAUUUAAAACUGAGGUGCAUGGAGACAUUUAAGCUUCGAUAUUGGUUGAAGGAUGUAUACUUUCCAUAUAUUCAGUGUGAUGAACAUCUGACAUCGAAGAGAACGACAAUGCCUAUAGAGUUUCAGGUGAACCAUACUGAUUUAGCUGAAAUUGCUAGUGGGGAAGUUGCAGUGACGAAUCUGCACUCUUGUAAUGGUCCUGAUUUUGUCCUUCAACUACACCUGACUAUUAAUGAAGGAGAUCCAACAUCUACAAGUUCUGGCUCCAGGAGUUGUCGGCAGGCUAAUGCGCGGUUGAAGUGUGUCUACUUUCCAAUUGUCGAAGGGAAAGAGAACAUUGAUAGAAUUCUGGAAAAGCUGCAGGUAGAUGGGUUCCCGACAAAAGAAGACUUUGAAAAGUUUAGUCGCGUAUCUAUUAGGAGACUAGGUCGAUUACUUCCAGAUGCCAGAUGGCGAGCACUUCCAUUCAUGGAACCCCAGAAUAAAAAGGGAGAAAAAGGUCAGUUAUUAAGGAGGUGCUGUCACAGGGUCAAAUGCUUCAUUGACACGGAUGCUGGAUUUUCCCCUACACCUUCCAAGACAGAUUUAGCACAUCACGAUUUUUUCACUCUGGUACUACGGAACAUUGGCAGUAAGCCUUCUGGGGAGGAAUCAGUAGCAACCAUCGAGAUCAGGAAAGAUGGAAAACCACUAAAUCUGUUAAACCUGGAGAAGGAAUUUCAUGAUUGGGUAUUUCAGAUGCAUGCUUUAUAUGAUGAAGAAGCAGAAUGCGGUGAGGAUGAACCUGUUCUUGUAUUUUGCCCCAGCAGAAAAAACAAACUUGGGAUAUCUGCUGAUGGUAAUGGCAUAAAAUAUCAUCAAUCAGUUGUAAGAGUACACAAAGUCAUAAGGAGAAAAGGGCGAUUGUGGGAAUCAGGCCAAAAAGUUAAAAUUAUUAAAGGAGCAGUUGGAUGUUCAAAAAAUAAUCUCUAUGCCACAUUGGAGUAUUUUUUGCUUGAAGGAUUUCAAGGAGAUGCUGGUGGAGAAGCACAUUUAGUUUGCAGGCUUGUUGGCUGUCCAGAUGAAAAAGGCUGCUUGCUUGUGGUAAAUGAUGGAUAUGCAAGCUUGAACAUUCGUGAUUCUCGAUUGUUUCCUAUUUCUGAGAUCGAUAAUGGGAAGAUUCAGCCAAUAGAUGGUGUUGCAUGGAAUUAUCAACUUGAAAAGAAACAGGAAAAGGCUCCUUCCUGGAUUGACAUACUGACCAGUGAACAUUGUAGCCAGUUAAAUAUUAAGGGGGAGCUACCGUUAGACAUUCCUGUUGAGGCUGGUUAUGAUCCUCCAGAUGAAAUUGUUGCUGUUAUUAGACCAUCUUGCUAUAAUACUUCAACUAGCAGUAAAGGCCUUGAUCAGAAGUUUAUUGUAAAGGAUGACCUAGAGAUGUCAAUGGAAGUUAGACUUGUAUGUGGUGGUAAGGGCUCCCCAGGUGGAGACCUAGUGUUUGCGCAACGAAUAAAGCCUUCUUUGCGUAAUGGUUUUCAUGGACUGUACAUAUUCCCUUUGCGGCCAAGAAAGGCAAAGCUCUUCUGUAAAUCCGGUGUUUAUAUAUUUUCCUUCUCAGUUGUCUGCAAAGAUUCUAGCUGUAAAAAGAGGGAAUUGUCAGUUGCUGUUAAACCUGCUUCAAGCAUCGUGGAGUGGAAAUUAUAUGACAAGGGAGGCCCUCUCGGCGAUAAGUCUGUUCCUAUUCGGGUAGGAUCCCAUGUUUCAUACCUUUCUGUGACGUGUCUUGAUCAGUUCAUGAACUCAAUUCCAUUCUCUAGCCUCCCUAUAGUUAAGAUCAAAGUCAGCACAAAAGAUUUCCUUCUCGCCAACAUUGACAAAAUGAAGAUCGCUGUAUCAUCUAAUCAAUUGUUUGUGGAAAUUACAGACAUGUUGUUUGAAAGUUCGAAACUGGACGUGAUUCGGCCUUGUUAUGAAGCUGCAUUGGGGGUUUAUUCACUGGAGGAUGUACUCAUCGUUGAAGUUCCAUGUAGAGCCAUGCCAGGGCCACCGUCCUCCAUUAAGAUGCAGUGCUCCUCAGAAGUUGAAAAGCAUUUGAGUCCAGGCACUGUGAUUAAAGAGUUUGUACUGGAGGUGCUGGAUGCUUGUGGCAAUCAUAUAGAAGAAGGUGUAGAAAUUCCUGUGCAAGUUGACGGUCUGUGUUUCCAAGAUUAUUUGGGUUCCAUCCGUAAGGUGAGCGAUCAAGGAAAUAUUAACCUUAGUGGGCUUCUGAAAGUGACAGCUGGUUAUGGUUCAAGAGUUCAUGUUCUUGUGUCUGUCGGAGGGAAAGUGAUUUUUGAGAAAAUGUUUCGGGUCAUGAAAAGGGAAUUGAGAGUUAUAUCUAAGGUGACAAGCUAUUUUUCUGAUAUUGACGAACAUCUUUACUCUUGAUAUUUAUGCUAGUGUAUAAGAUCUAUAAGAUUCAUUAUUUAUAGUAACUAAUCUGACACUUUGUACUUAAUAUGAGCCUGUUGUUAUCUUACAAUGGAAACAUGUGUAAAAGUGCUGGAGAUAACUUCUUUAUUGUUGUAGUGUCAUUUUUCAUCUGGUAUGCAGGCAGAAAUCUAACAAUGGUCACUUAUAAACCACUAUUUAUCAUAAACAUUUUGUGCUACUUUGUUGAAUGCAGUCUACUUUGAAGUUUACCAAUACUACUUUGUGGUUUUUUGUCCCCUCUUUCUUCAUCUUUGAUUUUUUUUGAAAUUGUAGCAAUUUCCCUGUCCUUUAUUUCUAUUUUUUUCUCACAUAGUUUAUUUUUUCCCUGUCUCAACAUUGUAUGUUCUGAUACUACUUUGCACCUACCUGUCGCUCUACCUUAAGAUCAUGUCCGCCUUUACUCAUCAAAAUAAGGUUGUUUGUGGACAUGCAUGAAAGGUGAAAAUGUUCCUAUACGAUAGAAAUGAUCAACUAUCCAGCUGAUAAGACUCUUUAGCUUCAUCCUAAAAUUUCACCACGAUGUCCACAAAAGAUAAGAGCAUCUAAUUUGUUGGCUCUUGCACUUUAAGAUCUUGCAACUAUGGGGCAAGCCUCCAAGACCUCCUGAUUUUGAGCCGUAUAAAGGUGGGCUUAAGAAAAAUGAUCCUCAAAGGAAAUUGGCUUUGCCAAAUCCGCUUCUACCAUCUCAGGGAAUCCCAGCUGG